AUGGUGGCGGGCGGUGAAAGCGGCACCAGUGGUGGUGGUGGUGGGGAGGGCGGGGGGGACACGUAUGCUGUUGUUGUUGAUGCUGUGAGCACGGAGAGCAGCAGCGUCCACGUGUACAGAUUCGAUUCGCGGAUGGAUCUGGGGGAGAUUCAGAAAGGUUUUGAAGUGGUGCAUUCGGUGAAGCCUGGGCUGGUUGCAUAUGGGGAUAAUGUCACAGCAGCAGCGGGCAGCUUGCGACCGUUAAUGAAGAAGGCACUUAAAGCCGUGCCCGAGUUCUCUCGACCAGUCACACCCGUUCUUGUCAGGGCCGCUGGAGGGCAGGGGCAGCUGUUAGGAGACCAGGCAGACAAGAUCCUUGCAGAGAUCCGCCAAAUGCUGACGGAGUACCCGUUCCCCUUCAGCCAUGGUGACGUCAGCAUGCUUGAUGACAGUGAUGAGGGCUUCUUUGCCUGGACAGCUGUUAACCAUCUCCUGGGAAACCUGGGAAAGCACCUGAAAAAUCACCUGGAGUCAACAGUGGCAGUCUUGGACCUGGGGAAUACCAGCGUCCACGUGGCAUAUGCUGUUCCUGCUGACGUGGCGGAUAAGGUGCCAGCUGGACACGUGAGGAGACUGAGCGGUUUGGGAAGCACCCACCACGUCUAUGUGCGCAGCAUGCAGGGCUAUGGGCGGAUGGCAGGGAGAGCGCUGGUGCUGAAAGCAACUAACGACACCCAGAACCAUCCAUGCAUGCACGUGGGCUCUCAUGGUAUGGCCAUGCUUCCACGUGGGCUCUCAUGGUAUGGCCAUGCUUCCACGUGGGCUCUCAUGGCACAUCAGAGCACAGCAGCGAUGGCACCCCUGCUUCCUUGCAUGCACCCCUCUGCUCCUAGGCCACCCUCUGCUCCUAGGCCACCCUCUGCUCCUAGGCCACCCUCUGCUCCUAGGCCACCCUCUGCUCCUAGGCCACCCUCUGCUCCUAGGCCACCCUCUGCUCCUAGGCCACCCUCUGCUCCUAGGCCACCCUCUGCUCCUAGGCCACCCUCUGCUCCUAGGCCACCCUCCACGCCCUGCAACAGGCGGCAGCAGCUGCUUCUGCCAGCACCACCCGCACCACCAGCAGUACCAAUACCUUAUCCCUGCCCCACACCCCUUCCACCCACCCACCCCUCUCCAGGCACAUCCAAGCCCAGCAGCGACGGCACCGCUGCCUCGUUGCAGGCAGCCCUCUGUUCCUCCCUCACCCUUCAAGCACUACAGCGGGCAGCAGCACCAGCCACCACCACCAGCGCAAGCAGCAGCAGCAGCAGCAGCAGCAGCAGCAGCAGCAGCAGCACCGGCAGCGCUGACAGCCACCCGGCAUCUGCCCAUGUGUUGUCUGAGCCCAUGCCGAGGUCUGCGGCACCUGUGUGCCCGCAAGGGCGGGCCUGCUUGCUGCCAGGCGUGCUGGAUGGGCUGCGGGGCGCACACGGAGGAGGCAGAGGAGGAGAGGGCGCAGUGCGGCUCGCCGCCUCGUCGGCUCUUUUUUACGCCGGGCAACAGUUCGGGCUGAUCCCUCGCAACAACUCCACUGCAGAAACCACGGCAGCACCCACCGCAGCUCGCAUCACCGCUCAACACUUCGCUCGGAUAGCAGAGGAGACAUGCGGCAUUCCCCUGCAGGAAGUCUCCAAAAAGUUUCCGCUUAUGAACGGCCAAGAUGCACCAUACGCUUGUCUAGAUGCGAGCUACAUCUUCCACCUCCUCACCUCAGGAUUAGGCCUGGAACCAACAGAACCACUCACGCCUGUGAAGCAGGUGGCUAAUGCCCCAUCCACAGGAUCAGCAUGGCACUAUGGUGCUGCAUUCAACACAGCCAUGCAUGCUCAUGGCUAUGCCGUGUUCUGA